CACAAGGUCACAUAUAACAUCACAGAUCCAGCCUGAAGAUGACUGACCUGACGACGUCUGCUGCUCUGGUGGUCAACAACUUGACCAGGGCCCGCCGUCUGGCCGACCGUCUGGACAUGAUCGUGUGGCGGGUCUGGGUCUUCGGUCUGGGCGGCUGUGUCGUCUGCUGUCUGGGCAUCAUCAGCAACCUCUGCGCCAUCGUCGUUCUGGCACACUUCCGGAAAAAAUCCUCGGCGCCCCUGCUGCUGAUCUUCCUAGCGGUGCUAGACGCCCUCUACCUGCUCUACUACCUGUUCCUGGAGAACCUCAAUGUCCUGUCUGGGGCCGCCGUCAUCAGCCCCAGCUAUAGAGCCCACACGGAGCCUGUGUACAGCGUCCUGUACCCCCUGCCCCACCUGCUACAGACGGCCAUCUCCUACACCGUCGUCAUCCUCAGCCUGGAGAGAUACUUGGUGGUCGCCUGUCCACUCACAACAUACAGACUCAACAC